AUGGCUGAACAUCCCUCUUUCACCCUGGCUGCCCUCCUGCCCAUUGGAGGGACAGUUGGUUUCAUGAAAACCCGCUCAGCUCCUUCGUUGAUCGCCGGCGUUGGUCUUGGUGUCUCUUACGCCUGCUCCGGUUACUUGAUCAAGGAAAACAAAGACUACGGCACUGAGCUUGCCCUCGGAAACAGUCUUCUCUUGCUUGGUUCUGCUAUUCCCCGCAUCAUUAAGACCAAGGCUCGGGCUGCCAUGCCCCUUGCCCUUGGUGCGACUGGACUGUUGGCCUCUUUCUACUAUCAGAAGAAGGUCCGGGAAUUCCGUUUCGGAGUUUAG